CUCAGGCUGGUAAACUCUAACUGCACUGAGAGUUAGCUGACUGACCCUUCUGCCUCGGACUUCUAAACACUGGCCAGGUUUUCAGCAGGAUUUGUGUGGAUUUGUCAGUUUAUUGACCGGAUCGUCCCAACAGGCUUCUGUUUCCUCCUGAACCUGCGCCUGAGUUAACCGGACACUAACAUGGAGAAAGAGAGCAGACCAUCGUGGGACAACCCCAUGCAGUUUGUUCUGGCAUGUGUUUCUUACGCUGUUGGACUUGGAAACGUCUGGCGUUUUCCGUAUCUCUGUCAAAUGCAUGGAGGAGGGGGCUUUAUGAUCCCAUACCUCAUCAUGCUGUUUGUGGAGGGCAUUCCUCUGUUCUACAUGGAGCUGGCCAUUGGGCAGAAGAUGCGUCUGGGCAGCAUCGGAGCCUGGAGCACCAUCAGUCCCUACCUGGGCGGAUUAGGCAUCGCCAGUGUUGUAACCUCACUGUAUCUGUGUCUGUAUUACAAUGUGAUCAAUGCCUGGAGCUUCUGGUAUCUUUUCCAUUCAUUUCAGGCUGUGUUGCCAUGGUCAGACUGUCCUGUAAACAGUAACCAAACAGCCUAUUUGGAGGAGUGUGAGGUGGCCACACCCACGCAAUACUUCUUCUUCCGUGAAACGCUGAACAUCUCGUCAUCCAUCGAUGAAAACGGCGGCGUGCACAUGGGCCAGGCGCUGUGUCUGCUGCUAGCCUGGCUAAUCGUUUAUCUCUUCAUCGUUAAAGGGGUCAAAUCCACAGGAAAGGUUGUGUAUUUUACCGCCACGUUUCCCUACGUGGUCCUCAUCAUCUACCUGAUCCGUGGAGUGACCUUGCAUGGAGCUCUGAAUGGAGUGAAGUACAUGUUCACACCAAAGAUGGAGCAGCUGGCGAACCCUCAGACGUGGAUCAACGCUGCCACUCAGAUCUUCUUCUCUCUGGGUCUGGGCUUCGGCUCCCUCAUCGCCUUCGCCAGCUACAACCAUCACAACAACAACUUCGAGAAUCAGGCCAUCGUGGUGUCUCUCAUCAACAGCGGCACUUCCAUUUUCGCCAGCAUCGUCACGUUCUCCAUCUACGGCUUCAAGGCCACGUUCAACUACGAGAGCUGUUUGGAGAGGACGAGGCUGUUGCUGCUGAACACGUUUGACCUGGCUGAAGAUGCAGUCCAUAUAGACAACAUCAGCUUCUGGAUCACAGAGCUGAACCGCACACAGCCAGAGCAGUUUGCAGCGAUAGCCUCCAGAGUAGAGACCUGCAGUCUGGAGGCAGAACUAGACACGGCUGUUGAAGGAACCGGUUUGGCCUUUAUCGUGUACAGUGAGGCCAUCAAGAACAUGCCAGCCGCCCAGCUGUGGUCAGUGCUCUACUUCGUAAUGCUGCUGCUGCUGGGGAUGGGGAGCAUGCUGGGAAACGUGACGGCCAUCAUUACUCCACUCAGAGACUUCAAAGUGCUCGCUCGCAGCCUCAGCAACGAAACCCUCAACGGUUUGGUAUGUCUGUUCUGUCUGCUGCUCGGCUUCGGCUUCACCACCCGCUCUGGAAACUACUGGUUCACCAUGUUUAAUGAAUACGGAGCCACGUUCUCCCUGCUCUUCAUCGUGCUUCUAGAGAUCGUUACUGUUUCCUACAUCUAUGGACUGAAGAGGUUUGAAAAAGACAUUGAGGACAUGCUGGGACGGCGGCCGAACUGGUACUGGAAGAUCAUGUGGGUGGCGGUCAGCCCUCUGCUCCUCAUCAGCCUCUUCGUCUUCUACAUUCUGAACUACAUCCAGGGAGGAACGCCCACCUACCAGGCCUGGAAUAAAGACAUGGGCAGGUCAGUAGUGAAGGAGUAUCCGGUGUACGGCCAGGUCUUCAUCGCUCUUCUCCUCAUGUCCUCAGUCAGCUGCGUUCCCCUCACAGCUCUUUACGCCUUUUGUACGAGACAUCAGCGUGGAGUUCCAGUCCGCGAGCACGCUGGCCGCAGUGUAACGUCCACUGUAUAGGAGAGCAGUGCUGCCCUACAAAAGCAAAGAGCGGUAACUAGGCCAACAGAGAAACUGGAAAAGCAGCUUCAAACAUCUAUUGUUGUCCAGCCAAAUAUGCUGUAGGUACUUUUGUUAUACAGCACAAAUGUACAGUAUCAGCAAAUAUAAUUUCCUCUUUUACACCUAUAACACAGCAUAUUAAGCUGGACCACAGCAGGACUUUGAAGUUGAUUUUCUCAGUUUCGUUGUUGACCUACUUCCUGCUCUUUGUUUGCCUUUGUAGAGCAGAGUGGCUCAGAGACCAAACACCUUCACAUACACUAUAUGUCCAAAAGUAUCUAGAAACCUCUACUUGACACUGAACACCACUAGAUGAGUUGGAAUGAUGAUGCACUAUUAAGCGCCUUUGUGAUGACUUGGGGUGAUGGAGCACCACUGAGCACCUUUGGGAUGAGUUGGAGUGAUGGAGCUCCUCUGAACACCUUUGGGAUGGAUUGGGAUGAUGGAGCUCCAUUGAACACCUUUGGGAUGGACUGGAAUGAUGGAGCUCCACUGAGCACCUUUGGGAUGACUUGGAGUGAUGGAGCUCCUCUGAACACCUUUGGGAUGACUUGGAGUGAUGGAGCUCCUCUGAACACCUUUCGGAUGACUUGGAGUGAUGGAGCUCCUCUGAACACCUUUCGGAUGAGUUGGAAUGAUGGAGCUCCACUGAACACCUUGGGGAUGAGUUGGAGUGUUGAACCUCCACUGAACACCUUUUGGAUGAGUUGGAGUGAUGAACCUCCACUGAACACCUUGGGGAUGAGUUGGAAUGAUGGAGCUCCACUGAGCGCCUUUAGGAUGAGUUUAAAUGAUGGAGCUCCUCUGAACAUCUUUGGGAUGACUUGGAGUGAUGGAGCUCCACUGAACACCUUUGAGAUA